AAGAGCGAACGAAGUGGCGAACUAGCGAACGAGCGAACUGAGCGCUACGAGCUCCGACUUUCGACAUUUCGUUGUUAGUUCGAAAUAUAUGGCAAAGAUAGUCAUGGCUAGUGGGAAUGAGAGACUUCUCGUCGAAUACAGUUCAAUAAAAUGCAAGUGUCAAACUCUGCAAUCAUAUUAAUUGGUUGAAUAUUAAUACAUAUUUUAUUAAAAUAUGACACAAAUGUCAAACUCAAACGCAAUGGAUACUAAACGAUCAAACAAAAUUGAUAAUAAUAUUAAAACAGAACUAUAUUUUUUAAUAGCAAAAUUUUUAUCGGCCAGCCCGUUACAAGAAACAUUUCAGGCCUUGCACAAGGAACUUAAAGAGAAGGAUAUAUUGUCUAGAAGAUUAGAUUGGCAAGGAAAUGAACAUGAAUUAACAUUAGAAGAAUUGGAACAACGAUAUCCACACAUUCGUUCAAAUCAUCUUUUUGAAAUUUGCUGUAGGUUAGGUCCUAUAUUAGAUCGAGAUAUACCUCCAAGUAUCAAAGGGGUUAGUUCUCUGCUCGGAGCAGGACGACAAAGUUUAUUAAGAACUGAAAAUAACAUUAAUCGAGUGUAUCGCUCUAGUGAUUAUAUGUGUCCUAGAAAUGGGCUACAAUUUGGGCCUAGCUCUUCAAAUACAAUUCAUAAUAUUGUAAAUAUUAUUCAAGGUAGACAUAUAUCGGGAUCAUCAAUAAAACCAUUUACAGCCCAUGGAAAUUUAUAUAAAAAAUUACAGCUUUUGAGAGAAACUCUCGGACAUUUAUCAGCUGUUUAUUGUAUGAUGUUUGACAAAAGUGGAAAAUAUAUUAUUACUGGAGCUGAUGAUAUGUUAAUUAAACUUUGGAGUGCAACCGAUGGCAGAUUGUUAUCUACAUUCCGUGGAGCUUCUGGGGAAAUUACUGAUAUUGAUAUAAAUUUUGAUAAUACUCUUCUGGCUGCUGGUAGUUUAGAUCAUAGUAUAAGAGUGUGGGAAUUAUCAACAACAGCUCCGGUAGCUGUUUUAUUAGGCCAUACUGGAAUGAUAACAUCUGUAAAUUUUUGUCCUUCAUAUGUUGGUGAUAAUUGUUAUUUAAUAACAACUAGUACUGAUGGUUCUAUAGCCUUUUGGUCAUAUACAUAUGGGAAAAAUUCUAAACCUAUAUUUGGGGCCAAUCCGUACCAAUACUAUGAACGGAUGCGCCCUGGACAUUGUCAGAUGAUUUGUGCAUCAUUUAGUCCUGGUGGUACAUUUCUAGCUGCUGGUUCUGCUGAUCAUCAUGUACGUAUUUACAUGAUGCAAGAAGAUGAAGGACCCAAAAGAAUUCAUGAAAUUGGAAUCCAUACAGAUGCAGUUGAUUCUAUUCAGUGGGCUAACAAUGGAUUAAAGUUCAUAUCAGGAAGUAAGGAUGGCAGUGCAUUGAUAUGGAAUUUUGAAUCUCAGCAAUGGAAGUCCCGAAAGUUAUUAAUGAAUGAAACACUACCUGGAUGUCCAGAAAAUACUCCUGAUUUUGAAAUAAAAAAAUUGAGAGUUACUAUGGUUUCAUGGACAUGCAAUGACAAUUGGGUUGUGACAGCAACAAAUGAUUUAACGGUAAAAGUAUGGAAUACAACAACAGCAAAACUAACGAAAAUAUUAAAAGGCCAUAAAGAUGUGAUAUAUGUGUUAGAAUCUCAUCCAAAAGAUGAAAAUAUUAUGUUAACUGCUGGUCAUGAUGGGCGAUUAUUUGUAUGGGAUAUUUAUACAGGCUCUUAUAUGGCUGAAUUUCAAGAUGCAAUUGGUCAAGGGUUUGGAUCUAUUUUUGAUGCCAAAUGGUCUAAAGAUGGUACAAUGUUUGCUGCCACUGAUUCCCAUGGUCAAAUUCUACUUUUUGGGUUUGGAACUGGUCAUCCAUUAUUGAAAGUAUUGCCGAAAGAACUAUUUUUUCACACGGAUUAUAGACCAUUAAUAAGGGACACCAAUAAUUAUGUGCUGGAUGAGCAAACUCAAACAGCACCCCAUUUGAUGCCUCCUCCCUUUUUAGUGGAUAGUGAUGGAAAUCCUCAUCCGCCUGCACUACAAAGGUUAGUGCCAGGCAGAGAACACUGUCCUAGUGAACAGCUCAUUCCAAACAUAGCUGUAGGAGAUGGAGGUGUUCUACAAGUAAUUGAGGGUAUUCCUAACAAUGUAGUAUCGCGUUUUGGCAUUGACUCAUUGAUUAGAGCUAGAGUAAGAAGAUUAGGUGUACCAGAACCGAAUAAUCAAAAUCAAGAGAAUGAUGAUUCUGGUGGAAGCAAUUCAGAUGAUAAUGCUGCUUUGUUGCAGGUAGGACAGCGUCAGGCAACUAGUUCGCCGAGGGCGGCGCACGCAUUCAACGGAGGCCAGCGCUCGGUCGCGCGUCGGCCAGGUGCAGAUGUUCAGAGAGUUCGCAACAGUGUCGGUAACUGGCAACGCGACGGCUCUUAUGUAUUUGAAAGGCACAAUGUUAUGCGCCCUAUUAAACCCAGUCUACUUCGAGCAAUUACUGAUAAAGUGUCAGCAGCUAGAGACAAUGAGUUAGCAUUAUAUGCAGCAGAAAUGAAAAGGAGACCUCUCAUGAUAUCAACAGGAAAUCCAUCUAAUUCUGGACCAAAGGACAAUAAUAAGAAAAAUGUCAGGAAGACAAACCAACAAAAUAGCCGUACAUACAGGGACUCCGAUCAACCAGAUCUUAAUCAUGACACGACUACAUCACCAGAAUCUGGUGACUCAUCUGGCGGUGAUGAAGAAGUUGUGCUUUCAGAAUUUAGCAGUUCAGAAACUGAUAGUACGGAUUAUUCAGAUUGGGUAAUGGAUCAGCCGGGUCAAGUGUUGAAACCUCCAAAAAGAAGUAAACGAAGACCUGUUAGGAAAAUGAGUUAUUCUCCGCAAAAUGGAUCUGUUAGUCGAAAGAGUACCCCUGUAAAACGGAAGGUACCUUCACCACAUGAUAAAGUAGAGAUUACUGAAAAAUAUAAACCAUCUGAAUGGUUAUCUGAGAUUAUACCUCGCAAAACACCAUAUUAUCCCCAGAUGGGUGAUGAAGUUGUUUAUUGGGCACAGGGUUAUAAAAAAUACUUAGAUGCAGUAGAAACAAAAGAUGUUUAUCCAAUACCUAAAAAAACUAAAGCUUGGGAACGAUCAGAUAAAAGAGAUCAUGAGUUUGUCAAAGUUGUUGGCAUUAAAUAUGAAAUAAAACCGCCGAGGUUAUGUUGCUUGAAAUUAGCCAUUAUUGAACCAGAUGGAACUCUGACUGGAAAUCAUUUUACAAUUAAAUAUCAUGAUAUGGCAGAUGUCUUAGAUUUUUUAGUAUUGAAGCAGACAUAUGAUAUUGCUGUCAAUCGAAAUUGGGGACCUGGUGAUAGAUUUCGUUGUAUGAUUGAUGAUGGUUGGUGGUCAGGACAAAUAGAAGAAAAAUGUCCCAUUAGUCCAUUAUUUUCAGAAUCAUUAUUUAUGUCACUCAGGGUUCGAUGGGAUAAUGGAGAAUAUGAAUACAUGAGUCCUUGGGAUUUAGAACCAAUUAAUGAAAACAGGUUACCGGUGGAAGUGGGAGGUGCUGUACCAGUUCUUCCUGAAGAAUUAAGAAUGAUUCUUUAUCAACCUGCACCAGAAGAAUGGCCUCGAGGAGAUUGUGAUGCAACGUGUAGAAGAAUAAUUCAAGGCUUAGAUCAGGUUAUGCAGUUAUCAAUUGCUGAACCUUUUAUUGCUCCAGUUGAUUUGAGCAUAUAUCCAUCAUAUGCUUAUAUUGUCGAGUAUCCAAUAGAUUUAGCAAGUAUCAAAGCUCGAUUAGAAAAUAGAUUUUACAGAAGAAUUACUUCAGUUCAGUUUGAUGUUCGAUAUUUGGCAACUAAUGCAGAAAAAUUUAAUAAAAUACAUAGCACAAUAGUUAAACAGGCACGAAUAGUUACUGAUCUCUGUUUGCGAAUCAUAAGAGAAGAAGACUCAAUAGAUGUAUCUGCAGUAUAUCAUCAAUUAAUGGAUACUUAUCAAAGUAGUUCAGAGAGCGAAACAGAAAAUGAUAAUGAUCAAGAAGUAGUAUUUGAGGAUAGUAGAAAAGUUUCUAGAAGAAAUUUGAGGUCUGUGACAUCAGAUGAUUGGAAAGUCAGUUGCAGUGAAUUAUUAGAUGCAAUUUGGAAAUCUGAAGAUGCCGCGCCUUUUCGAGAACCUGUUGACAAUAUUGAACAUCCUGAUUAUUAUCAAGUCAUCGAUACACCAAUGGAUUUACGGUCGAUAAAAGAAGAUUUGCUUGGAGAUAAUUAUGAAACCCCAAAUGAUUUUGCUCACGAUAUGAGACUGGUAUUUACUAACUCAAGGAAUUAUAACACAAAUAAAAAAUCAAGGAUUUAUGCCAUGACCAUUCGCCUUAGUAAUACUUUUGAAACACAAAUGAAACCAAUAUUGAAUAACUACAAGUCCAAAAUGAAACAAAAACGAAGACAAAACAGAACUUCUACUAGAAAAAUUGUUACACGUGGUUCCAAUGUUGCUGGCCCUAGCAGGAGAACUGUAACGAUGAGUAGCAGUAAUAGUAGUUCAAAUAGUGAAAGUACUAGUGGUAAUGAAGAACAUACAGUGCAUCUUGUGGAUUCAGCUUAUCAAAUUACCAAUGGUAUUACUAAUGGAAUUAAAUCUAGUGAUGAAAAUGAAGAAUUGCAAAAUUCAGAAGCCUCAGAAUCAGAAGAACAGAUUAAUUCUGAAAACUCUUCUAGCCGUGCAAGCGACUCCCUGCCAAUAUCCUCAUUGAGAAGGAUUGAUGAAGAUGAAACUGAUUCGGGUUCAGGUGAUGAUUACACACCAAAUAAGAGAACGAAGCACAAAAGACAAAUCAAACAUGUAAACACAAAAUGCAAGUCAAAUUUGAGAACUAGGGGCAAAAAACUAUCUGCAUCAGUGGAAGACACUGCUGAAAGUCAGUCAAGUAGCGAAGAAAAUGAUUCCGAUGAUAAUAAUUCAGUACCAACAAGGCAUUCUAAAUAUGAAUCUGAUCAUAGUUAUCAUAUGGAGAAAAGGAACUUCAGAUACAUAGAAACACAAGAUUCUGAUAGUGAUGAUUGUGUGCCACGAACAAGGAGAGGACUGAAGCUUCGAAUUUGUAGCAACAAUACUAGCGAAGUUGAUGACGAAAGUCUAAGCAAUGAUUUGCAACCUGGUCCUUCAGGUCUAAAUGCUGUUCGAACAAGGAGGGGUAAACGUCCUCAUUACAAUGAAGACUCGGAAGAAGAAGUUAAACAAAAUCCUGCUAAAAGAGCCCAAUUGGUCCAAUCUAAUGGUAAUGGUAACUGUAUUAGUCCUUCCCAACCAACAAGUGUUAGUAGUAGAGGUCGUGUUAGAAAAUUAACUGCCAAAGCCCAGGACCUGGGGAUACUCAGGGACUGAAGAUUUGCAAGGGAGCAUAAGACUGUAUAUAUGCACAUAUUUAUCAAACUACUUAAAAAAAAUAUGAAGUAAAAUGAAUGAAUUAUUAUAAGAAGAUGUACAAACGGUAUUAUUUGUGUCAAG